AUGGAACCAGAGCCGUCCAUUGUCUCUCUCCUUGAGGCUAUCCAAGCCCUCACCACUCAAGUUGGGUCCCUCCAGGACCAAGUCAAGUCUCAAGGCAAGCAAAUCAUCCAACUUGUUGCCAUAUGCAAGGAGACAAACAACCUUGUGGGAGAUAAGGACCAAGGAGGCAUCCAAGCCAAAACUGGCCCAGCGGCUGGGCCUACCACUCCCCCUACCCACACAGGGGGAGAAGCCAACACUCCAGGCAUGGUUAGGCCUGGGCUCAAAGCCCCCUUCCGCCCAUCAAGGGGUACAGGUUUCAACUCAGAAGACAAGGAGGAACCAAGGCUCCCCAAAAAAGAGCCUACAGGAACGCCUAGGAGACACUUGGGAUCCCUCACCCCCUUUGACACAGGGUCCAGCGUAAAAAGGCCCAAGAUGGACCUCCCGGACCCUUACAAGGGUGAUACCAGGGGGCAUAAGGCCACCCAAUGGCUAAAUUGGAUGAUGCUUUGGGUAGCCCUCCAUUGCAAUCAAUUCAACAAGGAGGAACAGAUGGUUGUGUGGAUCCUUUACCACAUGACCAACAAGGCUGCCAAUUGGGCACUCCCCAUCAUAGGGGCUAUCAUCAAGGGCAAGGGGAACCCUCCAACCACCAUUCAGGCCCUAACGGCCAAAUUCAAAGAGGCGUUUGCUGACCCUGACGCUAAGUGGGCCGCUGCCAGGAAGAUAGCUACCCUGGUCCAAACCUCCACCACCUCCAAGUACGUCACGGAGUUCUGCAAUCUCAUUGCGGAAUUAGACUGGAACAAGGAGGCUUAUAUUGCACAGUUCACGCAAGGCCUCCACUGGAAGGUCAAGGAACUAUUGUCCACCAAGGAUAGCAUUCCUGACAAUCUUGAGGCCAUCUUUGCGGCAGCAAUCAAAAUUGACAACAUCCGCCGCAAAAAUGAGGAAAACCGGCCAAAGAAGGCACCUGCCAAAUCCCCGGCCACCAUGGCCACUACCUCCACCACUACUACUCAACGGGUCUGCCUAUCAGAAGACCCCAACUACGUCACACCGGAGGAAAGGGACCGCUGCCGCGCAUCAGGGCUGUGCAUUAAAUGCGGCCAGAAGGGACAUGGCAUCAAACAAUGCCCUAAUGGCUGGAAAGCCACCAUCAAGGAGGUGGCCAAGGUUGCAGAGGAAGAAGGGUCGGGAAAAGAUUAA